AUGGCUUCCUUCUCCGUAAAAUCCAUCGACCACGUCGUCCUGACAUGCAAGUCCAUUCCCGCCACAAUCGACUUCUACACCAAGCAUUUGGGAAUGAAGCACGAGAGCUUCACUUCGAAAGGAUUGGAGCGACACGCUCUCACCUUCGGUAACCAGAAGCUCAAUCUCCACCAAUCGGGUGCAGAGUUCGAACCCAAAGCAGGACAUGUCCAGCCUGGGAGUGAAGAUCUAUGUUUCAUCACCGAUCAUCCUAUCGAAGAUGUCUUGAAGAGCUGGAAGUCUGCUCAGAUAGAAAUCCUAGAAGGCGGUGAGAUCGUGGACAGAACGGGCGCAGUAGGCAAGUUACGGAGUGUGUACUGUCGGGAUCCGGAUUCGAACCUCAUUGAAGUUUCCAAUUAUGUCUGA